AUGUUGAACCAACGAUGGACAAGACAAUGGGUGAUCUUUUUCGGCCUUUGCCUUCCUAUCUUCAUCACAUCCAUCCUUUACUUCAAUGAAACCCCCAAGUUACGUGUGCCCAAAGUAGUGGCCAUCGGCCUCCACCAGCAUCCCUCACAGAACAACCUAACUGCAAGUACAAGCCAUUCCACACACGAUGGAAGGACCCCCGAACCCAAACCUGAAGCCAUUAAGAGUGACAUGUUUAUCUUCUCCAAGCAGUUUGUGAAUGGAAAUAACGUGAGCAUCGAUUCUGGUGGGGGGAGAAUGAAAGAUGCAGGGAAUGAGACCGUUUCUAUGGUUAUCAACAACGGGGCUAUGGUGGUGGAGGACGUACCUGCAAAAGACCCUUCUAAAGAUCAUGAGGAGCAUGUUGCUGACCCUGCUGUCAAGGAUUUGAGUGGCUAUGUGUCUAUUGUCAAUGCCAAAAAUCACCUGUAUGUGAACUGUACAAAGUGUGCCUAUGUCUCCAGCUCCGGCCAGCUCUUGGGAACCAACGCAGGAGAACUGAUUGACUCCUACCCUUGCGUAAUCCGAAUGAACAACGCCCCUACCAAAGGCUUUGAAGCCGAUGUAGGAAGCAAGACCACUGUGCGUGUGGUGGCCCACUCAGCCAUCAGACAAGUGCACUCAAGAAGGUCAUCAUUACUAAAAGAUCCUGGUCAACCGCGUUUCCUUGUCGUAUGGGGGCCUGAGCAUCAAAUGAAAACAGAUGGAAAAGGAGGGGCCUACAACGUGGCAGCAAGUCUUUCUAAAGAAUUUUCCAAAGAUGGCAUACAAGUCUUUGUGUUUUCACAACGCCAAGUAGCCUAUGCAGACAGAGUCUUUGAAAUUGAAACUGGUAAAAAUAGAAUAUCGUCAGGUUCGUGGUUGAGCACUGGCUGGUUUACGAUGAUCUUAUCUCGCGGAAUCUGUGAAGAGAUCACAGUGUUUGGCAUGGUGACUGAGGACUAUUGCAAAAAAAACCCCACCUCCAAGGUGCCCUACCACUACUACCAGGCUAGUGGCAGCAAGGAGUGCUCGAUGUAUACAAGCAACGAGAAGGCAAAGAAAAACGGACAUCGUUUCAUGACAGAGAAGUCUGUCUUUGCGAGGUGGUCCAAACAAUGGCCAUGGAUCUCAUUCCGGUAUCCUGAUUGGUCGGCGACAAAAUAGUUCCACCUCCAGUGGUCUGCAACAAAAUAGUUCCGUCUCCAGUGGUCUGCAACAAAAUGGUUCCGCCUCCAGUGGUCUGCAACAAAAUAGUUCCGUCUCCAGUGGUCUGCAACAAAAUAGUUCCGUCUCCAGUGGUCUGCAACAAAAUAGUUCCGUCUCCAGUGGUCUGCAACAAAAUGGUUCCGCCUCCAGUGGUCUGCAACAAAAUAGUUCCGUCUCCAGUGGUCUGCAACAAAAUAGUUCCGUCUCCAGUGGUCUGCAACAAAAUAGUUCCGUCUCCAGUGGUCUGCAACAAAAUGGUUCCGUCUCCAGUGGUCUGCAACAAAAUAGUUCCGUCUCCAGUGGUCUGCAACAAAAUAGUUCUGCCUCAAGUGCUCUGCAAUAAAAUAGUUCUUCCUGUGACUGCCAUGUGAACACAUCUGACUGGAUCCAAAGUAAGUGCAUUGUACCACAUGUAGGCCUGGAGCCUGCCCUGAAAUGGUUGUCCCAUUUUACAAGUAAAAUUCAAGCCAUUUAGGUUAAGAGCUAGUAGCAGGGAAUACAGACAUACUUCAGCUUUUAGUAUGGCUUUAUUCGCUGUUAUUCUUCAACUUUGUUUACUUCAUUACCAAUAAUCUCUUUAGUUACCAUUUAAGUUACUCAGACCAUCUAUGUUGUUUAAAAGGCCCUUCUUCAUCAGCUUGAAAUCGCCCAAUAGCUCGCUAUUUCUGAUUUGGGAAAUAAUCCCAAAGUUACAAAUCGCGUCUUCAUCAGCUCGAGAC